AUGAUGCGAUCACUACACGACUACAAGGUAGACAUCUGUUGUCUGUCCGAAAUCCGACUACCUAACUGUGACACAAAACUAAUCAACGUACCACAUCGCAACGCAACCUACCGUUUAUACCACAGCGGCCCAACUGACAACUCCGGUUUGCACAGGGUAGCAAUCGCCGUGAGCGGCCAGGCCAACAAUGCCGUGAUCUCCUGGGAUCCAAUCUCUUCUAGGAUUGCCACAGCGAGCUUCAGGGGAAAGCCGUUUGACCUGACUGUCAUCACUGUAUAUGCUCCAACGUUACAUGUGGAAGAGCCCAUCAAAGACCACUUCUACAACCAAGUUCAAGACGCAAUGAACCGCAGCCCAAGGCUCGACAUCCUCGUUAUCGCACGAGACUGGAAUGCACGCGCUGGUCCAUCAGACGAGCAUACUCNUGUUCUGGGGAAGUUCGGUCUUGGUCAACGUUGCGAAAAUGGCGAACGCCUAGUCACAUUUGCUGACAUUAACCGGCUGGUUAUGGCCAACAUUCGUCUUCAGCACCCCAGAAGACACCUGCUCACGUGGUACUCAAAUGAUGGUCGAACGGCACACCAGAUUGAUUAUAUUUUGUUACACGUGGACAAUGAUAUUGGUGUUUUCAUGUCUGACCGCUAUUCGUACUACGCUGCGGAAUUUCUCAAAACCGUCGAACCGUAUAGCGAAAAGACACUGGAUCAGUUUCUUGCCGUCUGUCCCAGAUCUCAAUGCCAUUCAACCGUAAAAGUUCGCACUGAAUUACUCCAACGUCCAGUUGAAACGGUCCCGGUGACUGAUUUCUUUGGCAGUGUGCGUUACAUUGAAGCUGGUCCGACAGAUAUCGGUCCGAUUGCCAAUUACACUGUCGUAGAAUCGGUCAAAGAAUCGUAUUCACGGUGA